AAAGCACAGUUGUGAUGGUUUCCAGAAGCAAAGCUUGUGACUCGCAUCACAUGAAGCAAAAAGACAAGCGUUCCCACUUGACAAAAAGGGAGAUUGUAUAUUGGUGAAGGAGGAAAGAAAGGGAGGGCGAGGAAUGGCAAGCAAGGGAGGCAAAACAAAUGGGGGUAUGGCGUAGCAUGCCUGCUUGGGUCUGCUCCAAAAAGGCUGUGUGACUUUAAAGCCGCAGAAGGAAGUUUCCAUCUUGGCUUGCCAGCAGCCAAGAGGGUGGGACUCAUCCUGCCCCCACAAUAGAUUCCAGCUGUGUCGGAUGACGUGUCCGGGCACAGUGGUUUCUGAUUGCUUUUGGCAGCUCCGUUGUUUUUGCAGAACACACCCAGACGCUCUGCUCUUUUCAGACGCUCUCAGAGACAGUGGAAGCCGUUCUUUCGUUCGAGUGAGUCUCUGUAAGCCUUCACCAUGUUCCUUGCUCAGGCUCUGAUGGACGCUGCCAGUGGCGGUAAAGCUGGCUCUGGUUCUGGCUCUGGUUCGAGUGGGAGCCGUGCCCUUGCCGCUGCUGGGGGAGCCCUCCUGAAAAGCCUUGGAGGGGGUGGUGGAGGCGGUGGGGGUGCAGGCCUCCUGAAAAGCAGUGGAGAUAAAGGUGGAGGAGCUGGCAAUGCCCUGAUGAAAGGCCUCGGGGGUCUUCUGGCAGGAGGAGGAGGAGGCGGUGGUGGCGGUGGGAAAGCAGGCAACUUCAUGGGGCUCAUUGGAGGCCUGGUGAACAUCAUCAGUGAGGCUGCAGCUCAGUACACCCCCGAGCCUCCCCCACCGGCCCGCAGCCAUUUUGCCAACGUGGAGGCCAAUGAGAGCGAGGAGAUGCGCCAAUUCCGACGCCUCUUCUCCCAGCUGGCUGGCGACGACAUGGCCGUGUGUCCCACCGAGCUGAUGGGCAUCCUGAACAAGGUGUUGGCGCGCCACCAAGACCUGAAGUCGCAGGGCUUCAGCCUGGACACUUGCCGGAGCAUGGUGUCCGUCAUGGACAGCGACACCACGGGCAAGCUGGAUUUCUACCAGUUCCGUUACUUGUGGAACAACAUCAAGAAGUGGCAAGCGGUCUACAAACGGUACGCCUCGCCGAACUCGGGGACCAUAGAAAUGGCACGGCUGCCCGAGGCCUUCAAGGCUGCAGGCUUCAACAUGCACGAGCAACUCUACGCCUUGAUGAUCCGCCGGUACGCCAGCGAGGACGGCACAAUGGAUUUCAACAACUUCAUUAGCUGCUUGGUACGCCUGGAUGGCAUGUUCCGCGCCUUCAAAGCCCUGGAUCGAGAUGGAGAUGGAAAAGUCCAAAUGAACCUCCAAGACUGGCUCCAACUAACCAUGUAUUCCUGAACUGAACAGGAAGAAAAAUAGAAGGCAUUGGUGCUUGUUUUGCUUUGAGGGUUGUUGCAAGUAAUCUCCUUUGGGCUCCUUUCAAGGAACAAGGCCAACUCUUUGGCCUUUGCUAUAUUUUUAGAUUGCUUUGUUGGGGAGUCAGGCAAACUAAGGGAGUUGUACAACUCUUCUAGCACUGCAUAAUAUUUCUUCUAAUUAGAUUAUUGCUGCAGCUUGAAAUGCCUGCUUUGGAAAAUGAAGACAGGGUGGAGUCAGUGUGCAUAUUGUCUAUUUACAGUUUGUUAUCAUUUCAAAAACAAGUUUAUGCUUUUGUACACAUGUCUGGGCUGUGCAGAUAUGUACGGCUAAGAAGAAAUAUAUUAGAAUUGUCAAUAUUAUACUGAAGUUUGUAGGGAAAGGGGAGGGGUAAGUGCAACCCAAGGAAAUCAUGCCUGAAUCUUCCUGAAUUAUCUACCCCUUCCCAAGAAUGAAUUGCCUUUCUUGGAUGCCAAUGAGUAUGACAAUUCUAUCUUUUUAGUAAAUUGCAGGAUUAUGAUUUGCAGGUAUCAUACUGUUUAACAUUAAAUAGAUCCAUUAUUUCAAACCAGAA